GCUCCCGGCCUAUGUCUUCUUUUUUCAUUGUUUAUUAGGUCAUUUUGCUUGUGUUUUUGCAAUCAUAUCUUUGUUGGCUUUGGUACUUUUCCUCUCUCCAGACUUCGACCAGAUAUAACCCCAGAGAACAGUAUACAUCUGGGCCACCGCUUUCUAUCCCUAGAAAGUUUCUAGGGAUAGAACUUUGAACCAUGUAAUGGAAUCUAGUUUAUAGGUAAAGAAAAAACUCCCAGACUUGUACAUGAUGCUGGUGUUAGCAUCUUCAUCUCUUAUUCUUGCUCACAUUUUUUGUUUAUUAGUUAAAAAAAAUCAUAGAAACCCAUAGCAAAUAUUGACUAUGUGCUAGAUACUGUGUUUAGCAUUUUAUUGUCUCUUUAAGUGUCACAGCAAGCCUGUCAGGGAGUACUAAUUUGUCUCCAUCUAUACAAUUUUAUAGACAGGAUAUCAGCCAUGUCCAACCCUUUGAAUGCAAGGACUUUUUUGCUUAUCUAUGAUGGCAGAUAUCACCUUUUUUAAAGCUCAUUAGCUAGUUAGUAUUAGUGUAUUUUAUGUAUGGCCUAAGACAGUUCUUCUUCCAGUGUGGCCCAGGGAAGCUAAAAGGUUGGACACCCCUGCAAAAAACUGAGGGAUGGUGAGAUUAAGUGACUUGUCCAAGGUCACACAGCUAGUAAAUGGCAAAACCAGGAUUUGAGCCCAGGCAUAGUGGCUCCAGAGCCAGCCCUAAUAACCACUAAGUUCUUUUACCUCCAGUAUGAGUAAUGGGGUAUGUUGCCCAUUGUCUGUUUCAGGAGACCUUUUUGCCCAUCUAUCCCCAUUCAGAAAACUGGCUACAGUUGUUGAAGCAAGGGAAAGCUACUCAUGUACAGGUCUGGGAGGUUUUUUUUGUUUGUUUUUUGUUGUUUUUUUUUUUUUUUACUUAUACACUAGAUUCCAUUACAUGGUUCAAAGUCAAAGUAAUAUAAAGAGGUAUUUGGUGAAAAGUUUCACGCCUAUUCUUAUCUAUUCUAUUACCCCGCCCUCAUUUCUGUGUAUACUUCGUGUUGCUUUGUAUACUUACAAAGCAAAGUAAAUAAAUACGGCAGGUUAAAUACAGCAGGUUGUCAAAUAAUGUCGUUUUGUCCAAUGUCGUUUUGUUUUAAUGUUGAUGAGAAAAGAAAAAUCCAUUUCUGCCUGGGGCCACUGUCUGUGUGGAGUCUGCACAUUCUCCCCGUGUCUGUGUGGGUUUUCUCCGGGUAUUCAAGUUUCUUCCCACACCCCAAAGGUCUGCACAUUAGGUGAACUGGCAUGUCUGAAUUGUCCCCAGUCUGAGUGAGUGCAAGUGUAUGUGUGAGUGUGCCCUGUGAUGGGAUGGCAUCCUCACCAGGGUUGGUUCCCGCCUUGGCCUUGAGCUGCUGGGAUGGACUCUGGCCACCUGGGACUGAAUAAGCAGGCUCUUUAUUGAGAAACUACCAAAGCAUCGAGAUUACAAAUCUGCUGUCAUUCCUGAAAAGAAAGAUACAGUAAAGAAAUUAAAGGAGAUUGCAUUUCCCAAAGCAGAAGAGCUGAAGGCAGAGCUGUUAAAACGAUAUACCAAAGAAUAUACAGAAUAUAAUGAAGAAAAGAAGAAGGAAGCAGAGGAAUUGGCCCGGAACAUGGCCAUCCAGCAAGAGCUGGAAAAGGAAAAACAGAGGGUAGCACAACAGAAGCAGCAGCAAUUGGAACAGGAACAGUUCCAUGCCUUCGAGGAGAUGAUCCGGAACCAGGAGCUAGAAAAAGAGCGACUGAAAAUUGUACAGGAGUUUGGGAAGGUGGACCCUGGCCUAGGUGGCCCGCUAGUGCCUGACUUGGAGAAGCCCUCCUUAGAUGUGUUCCCCACCUCACCAGUCUCAUCCAUACAGCCUUCAGACUGUCACACAACUGUAAGGCCAGCUAAGCCACCUGUAGUGGACAGGUCCUUGAAACCUGGAGCACUGAGCAACUCAGAAAGUAUUCCCACAAUCGAUGGAUUGCGCCAUGUGGUGGUGCCUGGGCGGCUGUGCCCACAGUUUCUCCAGUUAGCCAGUGCCAACACUGCCCGGGGAGUGGAGACAUGUGGAAUUCUCUGUGGAAAACUGAUGAGGAAUGAAUUUACCAUUACCCAUGUUCUCAUCCCCAAGCAAAGUGCUGGGUCUGAUUACUGCAACACAGAGAACGAAGAAGAACUUUUCCUCAUACAAGAUCAGCAGGGCCUCAUCACCCUGGGCUGGAUUCAUACUCACCCCACACAGACCGCGUUUCUCUCCAGUGUCGACCUACACACUCACUGCUCUUACCAGAUGAUGUUGCCAGAGUCAAUAGCCAUUGUUUGCUCCCCCAAGUUCCAGGAAACUGGAUUCUUUAAACUAACUGACCAUGGACUAGAGGAGAUUUCUUCCUGUCGCCAGAAAGGAUUUCAUCCACACAGCAAGGAUCCACCUCUGUUCUGUAGCUGCAGCCACGUGACUGUUGCGGACAGAGCAGUGACCAUCACAGACCUUCGAUGAGCGUUUGAGUCCAACACCUUCCAAGAACAGCAAAACCAUAUCAGUGUACUGUAGCCCCUUAAUUUACGCUUUCUAGAAAGCUUUGGAAGUUUUUGUAGACAGAGUAGAAAGGGGGGCAUCACCUGAGAAAGAGCUGAUUUUGUGUUUCAGGUUUGAAAAGAAAUAACUGAACAUAUUUUUUAGGCAAGUCAGAAAGAACAUGGUCACCCAAAAGCAACUGUAACUCAGAAAUUAAGUUACUCAGAAAUUAAGUAACUCAGAAAUUAAGAAAGAAUGGUAUAAUGAACCCCCAUAUACCUUUCCUUCUGGAGUCACCAAUUGUUAACAUUAUUUUCCUCUCAGCUAUCCUUCUAAUUUCUCUCUAAUUUCAAUUUGUUUAUAUUUACCUCUGGGCUCAAUAAGGGCAUCUAUGCAGAAAUUUGGAAGCCAUUUAGAAAAUCUUUUGGAUUUUCCUGUGGUUUAUGACAAUAUGAAUGGAGCUUAUUACUGGGGUGAGGGACAGCUCACUCCAUUUGACCAGAUAGUUUGGCUAACACAUCCCGAAGAAUGAUUUUGUCAGGAAUUAUUGUUAUUUAACAAAUAUUUCAGGAUAUUUUUCCUCUACAAUAAAGUAACAAUUAACUUA